AUGAGUGUUCGUUCGACAUUAUUUCUUCGGAUUCAGCAUCGAUCACGCAUGUUUAUACCAACAGCUUAUGAAGUUCCAAGAAGCAGUAAAUCAAAAAGUCAAAAGUUAUUGCAAGACACAGGCUACGUUCAUAAUGUUGAAGCUGGUCUACCAUGUCUUUUGCCAUUAGGCAAACGUGUUUUAUUAAAAAUGGAAACGUUGAUACGUAAUGAAAUGAAUUCUGUCGGUGGACAAGAAUUAUUCUUAUCGGCAAUAGGGAAGAAAAAUAUUUGGGAAAAAAGCGAUCGCUGGCAUUUAAUGAACACAGAACUUUUUAAAUUCAAAGAUGGCGCUGAUGAUGAAUAUUGUUUGAGUCCCGAAGCCAUAACUCGACUUGUUUCAACUGUUUGUAAAACUCUUCCACAAACAUCUUAUCCAUUAUUAUUAUAUCAGAUAACAUGGAAAUAUCGAAAUGAGAUGCAUUUUAGACAUGGCCUAUUGAGAACAAAAGAAUUUUUAAUGAAAGAUUUGUACAGCUUUCAUUUAAAUGAAGAAAAUGCAAAAAAGAUCUACGACGACAUUUGUUCGGCAUAUGAGCGAAUUUUCAAACAGUUAAAUGUGCCAUUUAUCAAAGUGGCAGCAAAUAGUGGUAUGAUGGGUGGAACAAUAAAUCAUGAAUAUUUGACACCGUGUGAUAUUGGUGAAGAUACUAUUCUUCUUUGUUCAAAAUACACAAAACUAUUCGAUGCAAUUAUAAGUGGUACAGAAUCGUCAACCACCGAUACAAAUGAUCAGAUAAAUUAUUUGACAAUGGGUUGUUAUGGAAUUGGUUUAACACGUUUAAUGGCAACAAUUGUUGAAUUAUCAAAACAUUCUGAACAAAUUAGGUGGCCAAAAGCGAUUUUACCAUAUAAAGUCGUUCUUAUACCACCAAAGAAAGGCAGUAAUGAAGAACCAUUAGUGAAUGAUAAAAUUUCUGAGUUACUUGAAACUGUUGAAAGUAAAGACGAAUGGUUUAUCGAUGAUCGUACUCAAUUCAGUAUUGGUCAACGUUUGAUUGAAUCAAAGAAAAUGGGUAUACCAAUUGUGAUUAUUUUUGGUAAAAGAGCGGUUGAAAAAGGUUUAUAUGAAACAUAUAUGUCUUUACCAAAGAUAAGUAUACCUUAUACCGCUGCAGCUGUCGGUGGAGUAGCUCUUGCUUAUUAUGGUACACGUGCUUAUCGUUCAAAAAUUGAAAAAUUAUAUGAUGAUGGAAUUGAUUUAGAACAUCAGACAGUUGAAAUAGAUCCUGUUGAGAAAAUACGUCGGUGUACAUUCUAUAAAAAUGAUGAUAUUUAUUCAGAAUAUAAAAAAAUCUAUCCCGAUGUUAAAAGUUUAGCUGAUAUGUUAUAUCAUGGACAUUUGAUAUCAAAUAAUGGACCAUGUAUUGGAAUUAUUGAAGUUGAUGAAAAACAAAAAAACAGUCCGUUAGAUCCAUCAACUCCAAUUCAAUGGUUACCUUAUUCUCGUGUGCUUGAAAAUGUUCGUUGUAUUGGCUCUUAUCUAUUAGAUUCUGGUGUAAUACCGAAUGAAUCAAAAGUGGGUAUUAUGUCAUUGAAUCGUCCCGAAUGGGCUUAUGUUGAACAUGCUUGUUAUAUGUACUCGUUUAUUGUUGUUUCACUCUACACUACCUAUGAUUCACAAACUCUUCUAAAGUUACUCAAACGAACGCAAACAGAUGUUUUGGUUGUUGAUAAUUUAGAUCGUGUGAAAUCAAUUAUGAAUGAACUAUUUCAAAAUGGAGUUAAAUUAAUUAUUUCAAUGGAUCAGAUUAAUUCAUUGCAGACAAAUAUUCAGUCUCUUGAUCAUGUAAUGACAGAAGGCAAAAAGAACAUAAGAAGUUGUCAUAAACCAGAUCCAGAUAGUAUUGCAUCGUUUAUAUUCACUAGUGGAACGACAGGUGAACCAAAAAUUGCCAUGUUAUCUCAUGCAAAUAUUCUGGCAACAAUAAAAGCUAGCAUUGAUCGUCGACGUCGUGCUAAUCUCGAAAGCACAUGCGAAGAUCGUCAUUGUUCAUUUUUACCAAUGGCACAUUUGUACGAACGUCUUAUUCUGUGCGACGCUUUUCUCCAAGGUAGUCAAGUAGCCUUUUGUCCACAACCGGAAAAACUAUUCGAAUAUUAUCAAGUUAUUAAACCAACACGAAUUUGUAUGGUACCACGUAUUUUAAAUAAAGUGUAUGAUGCAAUAUAUGCUGAAGUAAAUAAGAGUAAAGUGAAACGCUUUUUGAUACAACAAGCAUUAAAUAAUGAUAAACCAACAUUUUUAUCAAAAAUAAUAUUUCGAAAAGUAAAACGAUUAUUUGGAAAUCAUGUUUACACAAUGUUGACGGGUAGUGCUCCAAUAACACCUGAUGUAUUACAUUUCUUCAGAAUUGCACUCAAUAUUCCAAUUGUUGAAGGAUAUGGACAGACAGAAAGUAGUGGCGCCGGUUCAGUUAUGCAUGUCACUGACUUGACAGCAGGUACAGUGGGUACCCCAUUUCCAUGCCUCGAACUGAAACUGGUUGAUGUUGAGGGAACAAAUUAUCGAAAAGAUAAUAAUCAAGGAGAAGUGUGUCUUCGAGGACCAGUCGUUUUCAAAGGGUAUUAUGGUGACGAUGCAAAAACUCGUGAAACAAUCGAUGAAGACGGUUGGCUACAUACCGGUGAUAUUGGUGAAUGGACAAUAAAUGGUACACUACGCAUUAUCGAUCGUUGUAAACAUAUAUUUAAAUUAAAUCAAGGUGAAUACAUUGCUCCCGAACGUCUAGAAGAGAUCUACAUUCGUUCGCCUUGGAUCGCUCAAGUGUAUGUUGAUGGAAAAUCAACUGAAAGUCAUUGUGUCGCCGUUGUUAUACCAGAUGAAGAAUAUGUAAAAAGAACGUUUGAUAAAGAUAAAUCAUUUGAUGAUUUGUGUUUGAAUGACGCAAAAUUGAAACAAACAAUAUUGAAUGAUCUACAACGUUUGGCAAAAGAACAUAAAUUAAAAUACUAUGAGUCAAUAAAAAAUAUUCAUUUACAUCCACAUUUAUUUUCACAAGGGGAUGGUUUUAUAACAGAUACAUUCAAGACACGACGACAAGCAGUUAGAAAACAUUUUCAAAAUGUUAUUGAUCAACUAUAUUCAAAUCAAGUAAAAAGCAUAAAACCGAUUGAAUUGUCGAAACUGUGA